GACUUUCUUAUCGUGGGCGCCGGACCAGCUGGAACCUCCCUAGCAUCAUUCCUAGGUCAAAAUGGCAUGAAAGGGCUCGUCGUGGCAAAGUCUCCUGCAACCGCAGACACACCCAGAGCACAUGGGUUCAACCCUUUUGCCUUUGAAUGUCUUCGAGAUAUUGGCCUCGAAGAUGCGGCCCUCGAAAAGGCCACCCGAGGAGCGGGAUAUCAGUCACUGCGCUGGUGCCGCAGUAUGGUUGGAGAGGAGUAUGGUCGGGUGCUCGGGUUUGGCCAGCAUCCGUUGAGCAUGGGUCUUACGGCCAGCAUCUCCCCAUGCGAGUAUGUCGAUCUCGCGCAGUCGCAAUUGGAGCCCGUCCUGGUUCAAUACGCCUCGCAGCACGGGUUUCCCGUACGUUUCUCAACAGAGUUAAUCGGCAUCGAUCACGUCAAGACAGCCGGCGAGUCUGAGUAUGUGUGCACUCUCCGAGACUCCAUCACGCAUACCACAUUUACCCUCCGUACGCGGUAUCUCUUUGGCGCAGACGGGGCCCGGAGCCAUGUGGCUCGCUCAUUCGACUUCAAGUUCAUCAACAAGCCCGGCGGCGCCAAAGCAUGCAACAUCCUCUUUCGUGCUGACCUCGACCACCUACUGGGUGAAGAGUGUAUCGCUGGUCUACAUUGGAUUCUCAAGCCCGACCGACAGACCUUCCCCGGCCUUGUGGCUCACCUGCGUAUCGUUCGACCCUCGAAGGAAUGGGUAUUGGUCGGCUUCGGCCCGGACGGUACCAAUCCGUUUGAUGGUCUGACGGCCGAGAGCCCAGAGAUCGUCGACUGCAUCCGCGAGCUGAUUGGGGACGACUCGGUGGCAAUCGAGGUUCUCCGGAUCGAUCCAUGGACGGUGCGCGAGAGCGUCGCAGAAAGGUACGAUGCUGAGCAUACCGGCGUCUUCCUCGUUGGUGAUGCCGCCCAUCGACAUCCGCCUGCCUUUGGACUCGGCCUCAACACCUGCAUGCAAGACGCGUACAAUCUGGCAUGGAAGGUUGCCUACGUGUCCAAGGGACUAGCCGGUCCGACAAUGCUAAGCACGUACAACACGGAGCGCCAGCCUGUGGGCGCCGUCCUCGUCCGUGAAGCAAAUAAUGGUAUCCGCGCUCAUGCGAAAAUGUGGGAGGCAUUUGGGAUGUUCGCGGGCUCUCGCGACGAAGGGGCGAAGCAACUGGCCAAGUUAUCCGAACCCACUGGAGCAGGGAAUGAGUGUCGAGCCAAAAUCCGUGAUGCGCUCGAGGCCAUCGAGCCCGAGGUCCGUAGCCUCGGUGUGGCCUAUAAUCAGUGGUACGUGUCGGGGGCGGUCUUCCUCGAGGAUGAAAGCAGCGAUCGACCGAGGCUGGAGGGAAAUCCAAUCACCGCGGUGCAGGUCAGCACGUACCCUGGCAGCCGAUUGCCGCACGCGUGGUUGGACCUGGCGAAACGGCGCAAGAUGAUAUCCACGCAUGACCUGGCUGGGAAGGGUGCGUUUUGUCUGUUGAUCGGCGUCGGGGGGGAUGCGUGGAGAGAAGCUGCGGGCCAGAUUGCCCGUGCCACGGGGAUUCCGAUCAAUACGUAUGGGAUCGGGGUUGGGCUGGAGUAUAUUGACGUGCAUCGAGACUGGUAUGCUAAGCGGGGGGUUGAGGAGGAUGGGUGCGUCUUGGUCCGGCCGGAUAGAUUUGUUGCCUGGAGAUUCGCGUCCAUGGUGCCAGACUGUACGAGGAAGAUGAUGGAUGUUCUUGACCAGAUCCUGUCACGAAAUGAAUUGAUCUGAAUGUCAGGUGGAAUUAAGGAUGUGGCUAAAAGUGGGAAGGAGAAGGAAUGACUGUGAUCCUGUUGUUAG